AUGACGAAUCCUUUCGAAACCAUUGAUGAUGAUUAUAAUCCAUUCGUAAAUGAUAACGCACCAGCUACCACACCAGUUUCAACUCCAGCACCAGCUCCAGCUCAAGCACCUCCACCACAACAACCAACAUACACUCCUCCUAAGACAGAAACAAGCGAUAGUAAGCCACAGAAGUCAUCAAAGAAGGAACCAUCAUUCAUACCAUUUCCUGGCAGCGUAAUGAAGGAUAGCGCUACAGGAUUUAGCUUAUCCGAAAAAGAUUUAGAUGAAAGAGAAAGAGCAUUAGCUGAAAAAGAACAGAAAAUUGCACAGAGAGAACGUGAGAUAGAGGAGGCGAAGGCAAAUGGAACUUAUAACCAUCUCAAUCCACAUAAAAGAAACUUCCCAAUAAUUCUCAACUGGUACAAGUACUAUCCAGAUGAAGACAUACCAAAAGAUGCACAGCAGUUGGUCAAAUUUAAUAUGUGGACCCAAUAUUUAGGCGCAAUUCUUUUAGCUCUCAACUUUUUAGGAUGUCUCUUCUUAUUAGCCGCUGGCGAGAAAGUCAAGUCACCAUCCGCUAGUAUAUUAUUCAGUGCUAUAUAUCUCAUCAUCAUGGUACCUAUUUGCCUUGAUAUUAUCUUUAUGGUUUUGUAUAAUUCACUCAAAGAGCAGAAAGGCUUGAAGUUCAUUGGCUAUCUUAUCGGUUUCGGCGUAUACUUAAUAUUCAUAGCAUUCCUCGCCAUCGGAGCAUUUGAAUAUGGCUCAGUUGGCUGGGUUAUUUCAAUCAAUGUUCUCACAGGCGAGACAGGAAAGUGGGUUGGUGGAUAUGGCAUCGUAUGGUCAAUAGCCGCAACAGCAUUCGUUGUUAUUUGCGGUUGGCUCUGGUACAAAGCUUACAAAUAUUACAAGAGUGGCUCAUUAAGUACCAAAGCAUUUACAGAAGCUGCUGCACUUGCUACAGACUAUGCCCGUGAGCAUCCAGAACAAGUUGCUUCAGCUGUUUCUACUACAUCUAAUAAUACUGAUUAA